CUCGCAUGGAGAAGUCUUCAAUUCUCCUCCGUCAGGAGUUGUGUGAGAGACAAUGCAAUGGCCUUGGAGAUCAAGGAAGAAGAGCAGCCCCGCCCCCCUUCAUCACCAGUCUCCCCUGUAGCUACUGCAGGCUUCAUUAAGCAGCUGGUCCGAGAAACCGAGAAGGAGGCGAAAGUAGCACGGGAGCACGAGAAGGAACGACGACCUGAGCUCCAGCGACCAGCUAAAUUGGAUGAUAGUGUGGUUCAAUAUUUUUUACAUUUAACUCAGAAUGAGAGCCAGCCAGUAGACGAGGCAAUGGACAAUGAAACCCAGCCAUUGGUGAACGGUCACCAUGGUAAUGGGCCUGAGGGUCAGUCUGCGCCACCACCCGAGAAAAAGGCCGAAUGCAAACGACCAAAACUGAUUCGGAAACCCAAAGGAACCCAAAUGAGGGGACUAUCGGCAGGAAAACAAACCGCACACCUGGAAAAGCCAGGAAGCCCUCAGCAAAACAAUGACUCAUUCCCAAACAGUCAAGACCCGGUUGUUAUGGAAACCAAUCUCAGCACACAGCAGCCCAGCAGAAAUGAGGAGCUAUUAUCAGUGGAGAAUGGGACAUCUGAAUUGGACACAGGGAGAGUUUCACAAGAGCCCAGUUCUCAAGAACCUGAGGGCCCGGAGGUGGGGAAUAUACCGGAAUGUACAGGAGAAAAUCUCAUCAAUCAAGAAACAAAUCAAGGGAUUGAGGAAAGUCGAGUGGACUUAGAGAAGGUGCACGAAGAUGUUUGGUAUGAGACAGACCGGGUCUGGUAUGUCAACAAAGAAGGAUUUACAUUAGCCACAGUGCUCAAACCAGAUGUUGGAACACCUGAACUUCCAGACGGCCAAGUCCGAAUCCGCAUUGAGAGUGACAACAGGAUUGUGGACACAAACGAAGAGUUCAUUCAUAAAACGAACCCAUCCAAAUUAGAUUAUGCUGAGGACCUUGCCCAGCUCGUCAGCUUGAAUGAGUCCAGCAUUCUCCAUGUGCUGCAGCAUCGCUAUGGGGCCCAGCUGAUCCACACAAAGGGAGGCCCGAAUCUCCUCAUCGUCAAACCACCGAGCAACUUUUCCAACUAUUCGGCGAAGCUGUUCAAGGGAAAGAAGGAUGGAAUGCCACCCCAUCCCUAUGCUGUGGCACAGCGGGCAUAUUGGAACAUGCUGAUCCACCGGAAAGACCAGAGCAUCAUUCCCCUGGGAUGGAGCAGUGCUGGGAAGACUACAAGCUGCCAAUGUGCUCUUGAGUACCUUGUUGGUACAGCUGGUAGUGUGGGCACAACAGUGACAGUGGAGAAGAUCCAAGCAAUGUUUACCAUCCUCCGGGCUUUUGGCACCAGAUCCAGUCCCCACAACGACACCACGACGCGAUUCUCAAUGGUUGUCUCACUGGACUUCAACCAAGCUGGGCUUGUGUGUGCAGCCCACCUCCAGACAAUGCUACUGGAGCGAAUUCAUGUCCAACAACAACCAAAUGGUGAGGGAUCGUUUAAUGUCUUCUACCAGAUGCUGGCUGGCUUGGACCGAUCUCACAGGACUGAGCUGCAUUUGCACCAGAUGGCAGACAGUCAGAUAUUUGGAAUUUUCCCAUUGGCAAAGGGAGAGGAACGGCAGAGAGCAUCCUCGGCAUUUAGCAGACUACAGGCAGCGAUGGAGACACUGGGAUUCACAGCACAAGAGCAAAUGGCCAUUUGGCACGUACUGGCAGCCAUCUACCACCUCGGAGCCGCAGGGGCAUGUAAAGUUGGCAGGAAGCAAUUUAUGAAGUUCGAAUGGGCAGAGAACGCAGCCAGUGUGCUUGGCUGUGAACUUGAAGAACUCUCAACAGCAGUCUUCAAACAUCAUCUCCGACUGAUCAUCCAGCAGGCCACAAACAAACUUCAUUCAGAAAACACCACAGACAGCACACCAGGUCCUCGUUUGACGGGUCUGGAAUGUGUGGAAGGAAUGGCUGCUGGAUUGUAUGAAGAACUGUUUGCCAUUAUCGUCAUGCUCAUCAACAGGUCACUUUCUUCACAACAGUUGUCCCUGACAUCAAUCAUGGUGGUGGACACACCCGGCUUUCAGAAUCCACACCAUGUAAAUAGUGACAGAGCAGCCACAUUUGAAGAGCUGUGUCACAAUUACGUACACGAACGACUACAGAUGCUUUUCCAUGAACGCACUUUUGUAUCUCAGCUGGACAGGUUCAAGGAGGAAAAGGUUCAGGUGGCAUUUGACAUGAGCGAAACCUCUCCAGCAUCUACGGUGGCUGUCAUCGAUCAAACCUCAAACCACUUCAAGGUUCAUCCAUCUACACAAGGUGAGGAACCCAAAGGCCUUCUCUGGAUUCUGGAUGAAGAGGUGUUAGUCCAAGGCUCCAAUGAUGCUGUUGUCCUUGACCGUUUGUGUUCCUACUUUGAGAAGAAGGGAAUGGAAAAAGAAGAGAGCCAGCCAGUGAGGAGGUGUGAACAGGAGCUGCAGUUUGUGAUAGCACACCAGCUCGGCACAGACCCUGUGAGAUACGAUCUGACAGGUUGGAUCAACAAGGCCAAGCAAAACCUCUCGCUGGAGAAUGCCAGCCAGCUACUGCAGGAAUCCAGAAUUGAAUUCCUCAAGAGCCUUUUCUCUUCAAGAUCUAAAAUCCCGAUGAUAUGUCGGUCAGUGUCUGGUUUGGAAGGCACUUCCCAGCAGGCUUUGCAAAGGAUCAGUUGUGUCCGGAAGACAUUUAGCACCAGCUUUGCAGCUGUGAAGCGAAGUACUGUAUGUGCACAGAUCAAAUUGCAAGUGGAUGUUCUUACAAACCUUAUGAAGCGUUCUGAAGCACACUUUGUGCACUGCUUUGUAGCAAGACUAGAGGAGAAAGAUACAGAAGGGAAAAUGCCUGCUAGUCAAAGACCUGGAGCUGGAGCAGAGGCACAGAACAGCAAAGAACACCCACUAGCAAUGUUUGAUAUCCCAACACUGAGGACUCAGCUUCAGGGAACACAGCUACUGGAUGCACUUCGUCUCUACAGGCUAGGAUUCCCUGAUCACAUGGUUCAUGGUGAAUUCCGGCGUCGGUUCCAGGCUCUGGUUCCAGCUGUCAUGAAGAAAUUUGGAGCAGCAUUUAUGGUCACAGAUGAAAGGAAGGCUACAGAAGAACUGCUCACCCUGCUGGAUUUGGAGAAACACAGUUUUUUUAUGGGUCGGAGUCGGAUCUUCUUCAAAGCUGGGGUUGUUUCCCGUCUGGAGAAACAGCGUGAGAAGCUGAUUUGCCGGAACCUGAUCUUGCUGCAGGCCAUGUGCCAGGGAUUCCUUGGGCGCCAGCAAUUCAAGAAGAUGAAGACGCAGCGUUUAGCUCUUUGUUGUAUUCAGAAGAACAUUAAGAAAUACUGGAUGAUCAGACAGUGGCAGUGGUGGCAGCUGAUGUCCAGCAUCCGUCCGAUGCUUAGUGUUAACUUGGUUGAUGAAAAGCUCCGAGUCAAAGAGGAUGAGGUUAGUGCAUUGCGGAAGAAGUUGGAGAAAUCUCAGCGGGAACGUAACGAGAUCCAAGAAAACACUGACCGACUCGAGGGCAAGAUUUCAGACCUUUCGGCGGAGCUUACAGACGAACGGUUUCGGGGGGAUGUGGCCUGUCGGAUGCUGGAGAGCGAGCGAGCUGAGAGACUCCGACUGACGCAGGAGCUGAAGGACAUGCAGACUAAAUAUGAAAAGGUGGUGACAAACUUAAAGGCUGUGGAGAAGCAGUUAGAAGAAGCGCAGCAACAACUGCAGAUGAGGGAGCUGGGCAAUGCAGUGACAGAGGAAGAAUUGAAAAUGCGCUAUGACUGCACUUUGCUGGAAAUGGAGUUUCUCAGAAAACGAGUCCGUACGUUUGAGGAAAGAAUUGCUUCAGAGUCACAGAUCAGAAAGGAGCUGGAACAAAAGCUGUCAGACCUGCAGGAAAGCUAUGAGAGUGCCAAACGGAGUGCUCAGCAGCUGAGCAGAAAGAGCAAGUGUUUGAGGUCGGAACUGGAGGACACUAAAGUGCUCAUGGAAAGCCAACAGAGCCGGAACCACGAGCUGGAGAAGAAACAAAAAAGGUUUGACAUGGAGCUGGCUCAAGCUCUGGGGGAAGCCGCCUUUGAAAAGACCCUUCGUGAGAAAGUUACUCAGGAAAACCAAACUUUGCGGACGGAGCUUUAUCGGUCGCAGCAGGAUGUGCAGGAAAAAGAAUCUGAAGUCACAACGCUAAAUGAGAAAAUAGCAGAACUGCAAGUGGAACUGGGUGACCUGACAUCCCGUGAGCCACAGAGCAAGGAGACUGUGGCCCAGAUAAAGAAGCAGCUUCGACAUCUAGAGGCUACGACAAAGGAGCAAAGUAAAGAGAUCAGUGAGCAAGCGGGAACGAUAGAACAUCUGGAACAGACACAUUUACGGUUUGAAAUCGAGAUGGAACGACUGAAGGAGAUUCAUCUAAAGGAACUGGAAGACAAGGAGGAAGAGCUGGAGGAUGUUCGCAAGUCGUGCCAGAGAAGGCUCCGACAGUUGGAGAUGCAGCUGGAGCAGGAGUUUGAGGAACGCCAGCUGAUCCUUCAUGAGAAACAGGACUUGGAGGGGUUGGUUGGAACACUCUGUGAGCAGAUAGGUCACCGAGACUUUGAUGUGGAGAAACGAUUGCGCAGGGAUUUACGACGGAAAAAUGCACUCCUGGCCGAUGCUCAGCUACUGCUGGGUACGAUGCAGGAUCCCGGUCAAACCACCAGCAAGCAGGAAGCCGAGAAACUCCGGAUACAGUUAGAUGAAAGCAUGGCUCGCUGGGCAGAAACAGAGAAGGUUUACAAAUCUACGUUGCAGGAAUUGGAAAACCUCCAUGUUCAGCUGGAAAAUACUCAGAGGAAUAAGAACACGGUUGAUGAGCAAUUAUAUCAACUGGAGCAUGAAAAGGCUGAUCUACUGAAACGGCUUGAAGAAGACCAGGAGGAUCUGAAUGGACUCAUGAAGAAACACAAGGACCUGAUUGCUCAGUCAUCCAAUGACAUUGCGCAGAUACAGGAGCUACAAGGUCAAUUGGAAGAAGCUACAAAGGAAAAGCAAAGUUUUGAAGAAAAGCUCCAGAUUGCUCAGAAGAGGAUAGAAUAUAUGGAACAUUCGAUGGUGGAACGAGGAAUUGUGAGCCGACAGGAAGCUAUUAUCUGUGAUCUAGAGAGCAAACUCGAGUUCCAGAGGGCCCAGCUGAAGAGAUUUGAGACGUUGGUGUUACGUUUGCGGGACAACAUGAUGAAAAUGGGUGAGGAAUUGGACCAGGCUGCUGAGACCGAGGCUCGGGAGAAGGAGACUGCAAAACGUGUCCAGCAGCGGAUGGAGGAGAUGAAAGCAGAAAUGGAUGACCUUGUUGAGAGGGAGCAGGAAGCCUCACGAAGGUGUAUGGAACUGACAUCUCAAGUGGAGAGCCUGAUGGCGAUGAAACAAGCCUUGCAAGCUGAUCUAGAAACGUCAAUAAAACGAAUUGCUGACCUGCAGACUGUCUUGGAGGAGGAAUCGAGUGAUGAAAGUGAAGAUGAAGCGGAAAGUGUGGCGAUGACUCCGGGAGCGGAUUUGGAAAGGACGGAUAUCAGUGACAGCCGAUCAAGCAUGGGUUCCCUUCUGAGUGAAGACCUUAGCGUUGGGACAAGAUCAUGGCUGGGAUUGUCUACUGGGGGUCGAUCCCCCACAUCAGGAGGCAGUGUAGCUGGGAGUCUCUCCAGGACAUCAGCAGCUGACAGCAUUGGCCUUCACAGCUCGAGGAUGGGCAGGGAUAGUACGGAUCAAGAUAUCAGUAGGCCGGGCUCUUCAGUGAGCCUGAGGAGCUUUCGAAGCCGAGAAUGGGUGAGGAGCCCUGACCGGACACCUGUUGACCGACCUGCAUCUCUAUCCAGCUGGAGAUCUCAGCCAGAAGAGGAAAGGUCCCCAAGUUCCUCGGUGGCUUUAUCAGAAUUUGUGGAGGAGCUGAGGAGAAAACGUGCUGGAGAACGGGAGCAGGGUGGUCUCCAGAUAGAAGACAGCUCCUCUCUGCCUAUUUACCAGACUGCAGGUAUCUCAUUACUGAGAAAGCGCCCGUCCAUCAGGGAUGAUGAUGAUGAUGAUGAUCCAUUGCUAAAGUUCAAGACUCUGAGUCUUUCAGAGAAUCAAAGCAUCCCUGCCAGUUACCAAGCAGGGCCUGGGUUAUUCCGCUCAGCUAGCCUUCGCUCUUUGACCCCCAGCAGUGAAGUACCCGAACCUUUAUCCACAACCAAGAGAAACAGAUGUGUUUCAUUCGAGAAUUUAGCUGAACCUCGCAUUGGUGCAAGUCCCAUCUUUCAAAAGCCAACCUUUUCUGUGAGGGACACAGAUGAGGCAACUUCUGCCAGGCUAAAGCCACCGCGCAAGUUGCUUGAGCUGUCAAUUGAAGAAGAUAUUGAUGAGGUCCUUGGCAAUCAGCCAAUCGUGUUCAAAAGCAAACGAUUCGGUGGCCUUCCCAGUGAGAGUAUAGAAGGGGAAAAUUCCAACUGGAAGCUUCCGAGCCUCAGCUAUGAACGUAAAAGGGAUGAUGAUAACGAUAGUGACAUUCUUCCUGCUAUUCGAAGGCCACCAUCUGCAAACAAGACCACUCCGGAGAGUGAGCGGGGCUCUAGAUCUCUCACUGCUGACUUUGAGAACUUGGCUUCCAAAGAUAUGACCAGUUUGAUCCCAUUAAAAAAGAUUAUGGCAGUCAGGCCAUGCAUACCCAAAGGAGACAAGGAUUCUCUUGGUAACCUGUCUGACUCCUCUUCAUCCUCCGGUUCAACUGUUUCGUACAAAAGUGCAGAUAGCAUUAAGAACCGUCCUGGGCUUCGCAGGCCAGUAGACGAGAGAUCAUCUGCUACAUCACUGGGGAAUCGAGCCUUCAAUACAGAGGCAGAGAAAAGGCCUGAGGAGGAGUCAGCAGCUGAGAACAUCAAUUCCGUGAUGAUGAAAUACUUGGCAAAGCCAGACAAAGAAUAAGAAUCUCUGAUCUAAGACUUUUGGCUGCGCAACUGCCUGGAACGCUUGGAAACUGAAGUUCGGACAAAGAAUCACAGCCAGGCAGAACCAAUCCGCUCCAAGAGACACCUUGAGCUCAGUCAAGAAGGAUGGAAACAAAACUGAUUGCUUGCCCUGGAUUUCAGGGUGAUUGAAAACGAUGCUUCUCAGUUUUUGUGAUGAAUUAAAAACAGUUAUUCUCACUCUCGUUAAUUGUACUGUCUUUCGGAAAUUAUAUUUGAAAAUAUUUGGGGAGAAAAAUAAAGCAAUUGAAGCCAAAAUA